CUAAAACUCAACGCAACCCAGACGCCAGUCUCUCCCACCGCGCACCACGAGGCUGGAACCUCUUCUUGCCGGUACGCGCGCUUGUGCUUUGUCGAUUGCUUUGCCUCUUGAUACAACCUGUCGCAUUUCUUGGCUAGAGCCGCACGACAAGCUGAUCCGAAUAGCCGGGGAAACACUACCAUCCUACAGCAACACCACACGAGAAGGCUGCUGCACGCGUGCCGCAUGUCCGACUAGCAACCACUCGCCCUUUUGCAUCCACAAAACCUCUGCUGUCGGCUCAUCGCCAGCAAUUGAAGCACAAGACCGCCCGAGAUGCCGUCACCCGUCCGGGAGCUGCCCUCGGCCGCGCACCAUCCCCUCGUCCACACUGAUCUCCAACCGCCGCCAUCGCCCCGAACACAUCGAGCUCUACGACGACUACAGUCUGCACACACACUUGGCGCCAAAGCAGCAUCACAAGCCUCUGUGCUCUCCCAUCAGCGUCGUGAGCAGCAGCAGCAGCGCAAUGCAUCGCCGACCCGGAACCCAUCGGCUGCCAACUCCCGCCACCAGCAGGUCCAGCAAGACAGCAGCCGCCACAGAGGCAGGGCCAACAGCGAUGCGACGUCGCCGAUGCUCCAGCAGGCAAACAGCGUUGCCGCGAGCCGACGAUCCGGCAUCAGGAAACCGGUUUUCUCACACGGUCAAAUGUCGCUGCAGCAGAUUAUCCGCGACGGACCUAAUGAUGGCGAUUAUGUAGGCGCUCUUGAGAGCGCGCGCUGGAAGGUCAUUGACGAGGGUGUCAACAGUGCUGAGGAUGGAAUGUCCCCGCUCCGCAUCUACGUCUGGAUGGUCUUGUUGGAUGCGCCUAUCAUGCCCACGGAUGAAUAUCUCGGCCUCAUCCACAGAGGAGCUUCGCCAGCGUACUCGAAAAUCCGAAACGAUACUUUCCGAACACUGACUACGGACCCCUUGUUCCGUCGCCGUGUCAGCGAGGCGAGCUUGAUUCGUCUGCUGAAUGCAAUCGCGUGGCGCCUUCAUGAUGUUCGCGAGGAAGGCCGUUCCAGCAGACCAAGCAGUCGUCUUUCAAGUCACCCAAGAGAGAGUCUUACGGGCAGCAUAUCAGGUCAUUCCCAAGCCAGAUCAGGAGCCGUCGCCGAGCCAGGCACAUAUGUACAGGGCAUGAACGUCCUAGCAGCGCCAUUCUUGUAUGCUGCACGCAGCGAAUCCGAAGCUUUUGUAGCUUUCUACUCGCUGCUCACCAAGGAAUGCCCAGCCUAUAUUCGUGGAGCCAUGGACGGUGUUCACCGUGGCCUCGCUCUCGUGGAUAGAGUCUUGGCUAUAGUCGACCCGAAACUCGCCAUGUACCUUACAGCAAAGGGAUUAUCAGCUGAAAUCUACGCCUUCCCGUCCGUUUUGACACUCUGCGCAUGCACACCACCACUACCCGAGGUGUUGCGACUGUGGGACUUCCUUUUCGCCUACGGACCUCAUCUCAACAUUCUCUGCAUCGUCGCGCAACUCACCAUUAUGCGGUCACAGAUUCUGCAAUCUCCCAGUCCAAAUAAGGUCUUGCGAUCCUUUCCACAGCUAAACGCCGAUCUUAUCAAGAGCGUUACCAUUGGUAUUAUUAAGAAGAUUCCUGAUGAUAUAUACGCCGACAUUGUCGCCCACGCACUCUAGCACGAUGCAUCGAGGUGGCAGACAGGUCCUGUUGAUGAAGCUUGUGUUUCUUGUUCUUUGUUUUCUGCAUUUUACGUUGUUAUGACAUUUAUGGGCUAUUUCAGCAUAGCAUUGACGAUUUCAUGCGGCAAAACGCCGUUAUAUUGUAUGUAUCAUUAUCACUGGCAUCUCGGUAGACAAAAUAAAGUGUCUGCACACACAGAGGUUUUCUCCUCAAGCUUGUACUUCACCGAACUUGGUUGAUCCUUUAAACACAUUUCUUCUACUGUCAGUCCGAAAGAAGUGAAUGAG